GAUACUGAAGCUUUGGAUUUGGCUUAUUUUUCACUAUAAUGAUGUCCAUUCGAGACCAUCGUCGAAAGAAAAACACGUGUACUGGUGUUUUUGAAAUAAAACUAAAUUCCCCAAGACAGUACAAGAUUUAAAAAAACGUAUGAAAUGCUUUGCUUGUUAACCAUUCAAAAACUGUUUUGCUAUGCAUGCUGUGACUUCGUGUGAUUACUGAAACCGAAGUAGACGAAGAGCAGAGAAAGAGGUUGUGUAAUCGUGCAGACUCGUAUGUCCGAUGAGAAAGCUUGAGAUCGAGAUCAACAGGGAAGACCAUUGUUUUGUUGCAAGUGUGUGGAAGAGAUGAAGCUAUCGUCUUCUUUUCGCAGCAAGUUCUUUGAACUGAGUUCGUGAGUUUUUACGCGAUGCACCGUAAAUAAAUUGCUGGAUAUUAAAAAUGUCAUCGAAAACCAUUGCCUACUUUUACGACGCGGAUGUUGGUAAUUUCCAUUAUGGACCAGGGCAUCCCAUGAAACCACACCGCCUAUCGCUGACACACAACUUGGUGCUAAACUAUGGGCUGUACAAGAAACUUCAAGUAUACCGGCCUUACAAGGCCAACAUGCACGACAUGUGUCGCUUCCAUUCGGAGGACUACAUCGACUUCUUACAGAGGGUCACCCCGCAGAACCUACAGACAUUCACCAAGCAUCUUAGCCAUUACAACGUGGGCGACGAUUGCCCGGUCUUUCCCGGUCUGUUCGACUUCUGUUCCAUGUACACGGGGGCAUCGCUCGAAGGAACCACAAAACUCAACAACAAUCUGUGUGAUAUAGCAAUCAACUGGGCUGGAGGCUUACACCAUGCCAAAAAGUUUGAGGCUUCAGGUUUUUGCUACGUUAACGAUAUUGUCAUUGCCAUCCUUGAGUUACUGAAAUACCAUCCACGCGUAUUGUACAUAGAUAUUGACAUCCACCACGGCGACGGCGUACAAGAGGCUUUCUAUCUCACAGACCGAGUCAUGACCGUCUCCUUCCACAAAUAUGGAAACCACUUCUUCCCCGGCACAGGCGACAUGUAUGAGAUCGGCAUGGAGAGUGGACGGUACUACUCCAUCAACGUCCCCCUCAAGGAUGGCAUUGACGACCAGAUGUACUUUGGCCUCUUCAAGCCGGUCAUCCAGAGUGUGAUGGAGUACUACCGACCAAGCUGUAUCGUCCUACAGUGUGGAGCGGACUCCCUGGGUUGCGAUCGGCUGGGCUGCUUCAACCUCAGCAUCAAGGGCCAUGGCGAGUGCGUCAAAUUCGUCAAGACGUUCAACGUCCCCACCCUGGUGCUGGGCGGAGGAGGCUACACCGUCCGGAAUGUCGCCCGCUGCUGGACAUUUGAGACGGCGCUUCUACUAGAUGAAGACAUAAGCAAUGAUCUUCCAUAUAACGAUUACUUUGAAUACUUCGGCCCGGAUUUCACAUUGCAUCCCGACACGACGACUCGAAUCGAGAACCUCAACACAAAGCAGUACAUAGACCAAGUCAGGCAGACAGUACAAGAGAAUCUCAAAUGUAUAGAGCACGCUCCGAGUGUUCAGAUGCAGGACGUGCCGCCCGACCUCCUCAGCCUGGAGGAAACGGAGGAAGCCGACCCCGAUGUCAGGAACAGCACCAAGGAGCAAGACGAGAGGAUUGAGCCUGCGAAUGAGUUCUAUGACGGGGACAAGGAUCAGGACAAAGAAGACGGGGUGCUAGAUGUAUGACACCAUUGUUGCCAUGGCAAUAUCAGCCGGAGUAGUGUUGUUGUCGUCGUUCUGUCAUUGAGUCUGUGCAAAGGGGGCUGAAUAAAUCAAAACCUGGUUUGUAGUCGAUCAACACUCACGUGCAGUUUUUAAGAGGAGCAUAUUAAGCUUUUUCAUUUUGUAAAAUCAUUCAGUUGAAACUCGCGUCUCAUCGAAAAAUCCUGCCAAGUGAUGCUGCUUGCAGGAUGACGACUUGAAAUGUUUUUUUUUGGUUUAUGCUUAAAAAAGAAAAAAAUUAAAAGGUCGUAAACCGCUGCAUUUCCAGGGUCAUGUCACAGUCAUUUGUUGAAAUCUCGCUCUUGGGACGUCAUUUUUGUGAGUCAGGCUGAUGUGCCAGCUUUUGCCACAGGGAAUGAAUUAGAGAAUCAGGAUCAAUGCAAUAGUCAUAACGGCAUAGGCUCAAAAUGUGAUGUAUGUGGUAGCUAGCCACUUGUAGUAAUGUUUACACGGUAAAGCGUAUGGAAUUUUCUCAAGGUGAAACUGGAGGCGAGGGUAGACACAGGAUUAGGGACAGUAAUGUGUUAUGUAUUUGAAUUGCUCUACGUUUUAAGAAAAUGAGAAUGGUAUAUUUCCAAAGAGGAGUAACGUGAUUAACAUCGGGAAGUGUCUUAAGAUGUCAUCAAAUAUUAAGCUUUUGAUUUUUGUAAGGGUUUUUUAUUUAAAAGCAAAUUGCGGAUACACUUGGUGUAACCCAGUCGGAGCAUUUUCGUCUUGUCCGUUUCAUUUCCUCAAACCACGCAGUGUUCUUUGAGGCCCAAGUUUCCACUAGACAUUUGUAAUGUUGAGCCUAAUGGAAGUUUUUAGAGAUUGUUUUGUAAAACGGGGAUUAGACUGAUUGUCACUGCAGUAGUUUUGGAUGGGUUGUCUUCUGGAAACCAGCUCCGUCAAAGUAUGUGUUUUGUUUUUUGAUAUCUUACUUUUGACAUAUAAAGUGGGUGCUGUGGUUGGAUGGCAUGUGGUACCCUUGUGUUGGACUGGAUUUUCGGCCGUCGCCAAAAGUACUUCCAGAGUUGCGAUAGACUUUUGCAACGAGGAGAGUAAGCAUGGAGCAUGUUACCGUAGCAUGCGUCUUUGUAGACUUAAUGCAAAUUAGAUAAUUGUUCUUGUUUUGUUCAAAUUUAACCAAAACAGUAAUUGUGCACAGUCAUAUGUGGGCCGAGUUUAAAUUGAGUUUGUGAGUUGUCCACAAAAAAGGGUCACUUGAGUCAUGGUAUUUGUUUCAAUACAUGUUUCAAACUCAGUUGGUGAAAAUAACUUCAUUAUGGCCAUGUUGAUUUGGAGUACUUAUUUAUGAUCAAAAUAUAGCAGUUCAGCUCUGAAUGAUUUCAGUAUGGUGCAAAGUGGGCAUUGUUAAGUUUGUUUCAUAGGCUCAAAGCAUUCCCUGCAUUUAUUAAAACAAAGUAAUCUAAUUUCAAACAAGCCAGGCGUAUUGACUGAGA